AUGUACGGCGCCGGACAAGUCCCCCAGACGGGCAUUUCCACCCCCAGAUCCAGCGCUUCUCUCCGGCCGUUGACUCUCUCCCACGGCUCUCUCGAGACUUCCUUCCUCAUCCCCACCAACCUCCAUUUCCACGCCUCUCAGUUGAAAGACAAGUUCGUCGCCACUCUACCCGAAGCCACCGAUGAGCUUGCCCUAGAUGACGAGCCAUCAUCCGUCCCCGACCUGGUCGCCAGAUACCUCGGCCUCAUCGCCCACGAGGUCGACGAGGGCGAGGAUGAUGAGCAAGGCUCCUACGAGGAGGUUUUGAAGCUUGUUCUUAACGAGUUCGAGCGCAAUUUCCUCCGUGGCAAUGAGGCUCACGCCGUCGCUGCCAGCCUGCCCGGAAUCGAGUCUAAGAAGCUCGACUUCAUCCGCAGCUACUACACCGCUCGUGCGGUGUGCAACCGACCGAUCAAGCCUCAUGCCUCAGCCCUCUUCCGAGCAGCUGAGGAUGGGGAUGCCGAAAUCUACACCAUCUUCGGCGGCCAGGGCAACAUCGAGGAGUACUUCGAAGAGUUGCGGGAGAUCUUCAAGACAUACUCCAGCUUUACCAGUGAUCUGAUCACCCGUUCAGCUGAGCUGCUCCAGACUCUCUCUCAGAACCCCAAGGCUGAGAAGAUGUUCCCUAAGGGUCUCGAUAUCAUGAACUGGCUUCACCACCAGGACUCUACUCCUGACGUCGACUACUUGAUCUCGGCACCUGUCAGUUUCCCUCUUAUUGGUCUUGUCCAGCUUGCCCACUACGAGGUGACAUGUAAGGUCCUUGGUGUGCAUCCUGGUAUGCUACGCGAGAGAAUUACUGGUUCCACUGGUCACUCUCAGGGAAUUGUUAUGGCCGCAGCCACUGCUGCCGCCGACUCUUGGGAUUCAUGGCAAGACAUCACCAGCUCCGUGCUCACCAUGCUUUUCUGGAUUGGAACCCGAAGCCAGCAGGCAUUCCCCAUCACCUCCAUGACACCCAAUAUGCUUCGCGAGUCCUCAGAACAUGGCGAGGGCUCACCCACUCCCAUGCUUAGCAUUCGAGAUCUUCCCCAGGUUGAGGUUCAGAAGCACAUUGAUGCUACCAACCAGUACCUUCCUGAGGACCGCCACAUCAGCAUUUCACUUAUUAACAGCCCCCGAAACUUGGUUGUGACAGGACCUCCCACCUCUCUCUACGGUCUCAACUCUCAGCUGCGCAAGGUCAAGGCCCCCGUUGGUCUAGAUCAGAACCGAAUCCCGUUCACCGAGCGAAAGGUUCGCUUUGCCAACCGAUUCCUGCCCAUCACGGCACCCUUCCACAGCAAGUACCUCGCCGAGGCUACUGCCAUGAUCGACGAGGACCUGAAGGACAUCACAAUCGAUUCCAGUGAUCUCGGUAUUGCUGUGUUCGACACCAACACUGGCAAGGAUCUCCGAGAGGAGGUCAAGGGCAACAUUGUUCCUGCUCUGGUUCGCCUGAUCACUCGCGACCCCGUCAACUGGGAGAAGGCUACCGUCUUCCCUGAUGCCACUCACAUUCUGGACUUCGGCCCAGGUGGUGUCUCCGGUCUCGGUGUUUUGACCAGCCGAAACAAGGAGGGCACUGGUGUCCGUGUCAUCUUGGCUGGCACUGUCGAUGGUGGCAUGAACGACCUAGGCUACAAGGCUGAGGUCUUCGACAGAGAUGAGGAGAAUGCUGUCAAGUAUGCCAACGAUUGGGUCAAGGAGUUCGGCCCCAAGCUUGUGACAGACAAGAGUGGACGAACAUACCUCGACACCAAGAUGAGUCGUCUGCUUGGUCUUCCUCCCAUUCUGGUCGCUGGUAUGACUCCCUGUACCGUCCCUUGGGACUUUGUUGCUGCCACUAUGAACGCUGGAUACCAUAUCGAGCUUGCUGGCGGUGGCUACUUUGUUGGUCCCAUGAUGACCGAUGCUAUCACCAAGAUCGAGAAAGCUAUCCCCGUUGGUCGUGGUAUCUCUAUCAACCUGAUCUACGUCAACCCCCGUGCUAUGGCUUGGCAAAUCCCCUUGAUCGGCAAGCUCCGAUCCGAAGGUGUUCCCAUUGAGGGUCUCACUAUUGGUGCUGGUGUUCCUUCUAUUGAGGUUGCCAACGAGUAUAUCCAGACACUUGGACUCAAGCACAUCAGCUUCAAGCCCGGUUCUCUUGAUGCCAUCCAGGCUGUUAUCAACAUUGCCAAGGCAAACCCCCACUUCCCUGUUAUGCUCCAGUGGACUGGUGGUCGUGGCGGUGGUCACCACUCUUUCGAGGAUUUCCACCACCCUAUUCUUUCGAUGUACGGCCGUAUCCGACGACAGGAGAACAUUAUUCUUGUUGCUGGUAGUGGUUUCGGUGGUGCUGAUGACACAUACCCCUACAUCACGGGUGACUGGUCCAAGAAGUACGGCUACCCUCCUAUGCCCUUCGAUGGUUGCUUGUUCGGUAGCCGCAUGAUGGUCGCCAAGGAGGCUCAUACCAGCAAGGCUGCCAAGGAGGCCAUCGUCGCCGCUCCUGGUCUUGAUGACAGCGAGUGGGAGCAGACCUACAAGGGACCUGCUGGUGGUGUUCUUACCGUCCGAUCCGAGAUGGGUGAGCCUAUCCACAAGCUCGCAACUCGAGGAGUUCGCUUCUGGGCCGAGAUGGACCAGAAGAUCUUUAACCUCCCCAAGGAGAAGCGAGUCGCUGAGCUUAAGAAGAACAAGAACUACAUUAUCAAGAAGCUUAACGACGACUGCCAGAAGGUCUGGUUCGGUCGCAACAAGGAGGGACAGGCUGUUGACCUCGACGACAUGACCUACGCUGAGGUUCUGCGACGUCUCGUCGAGCUUCUCUACGUUAAGCACCAAUCCCGCUGGAUCGACCGCUCCUACACCUUCCUCGUCGGUGACUACAUCCACCGUCUUGAGGAGCGUUUGACCUCUACUCCUGGCCAGGCAUCCCUGCUCCAGAGCUACUCGGAGCUCAACCAGCCUUUCGAGUUGAUUGAUCGUGUCAUCGCUGCUUACCCUGAUGCCGAGACUCAAAUCAUCAACGCUCAGGAUGUUCAGUACUUCCUCCUCAUGUGCAUGCGACCCACCCAGAAGCCUGUUACUUUCAUUCCUGUCUUUGAUGACAACUUCGAGUUCUACUUCAAGAAGGACUCUCUGUGGCAGUCCGAGGACCUGGACGCUGUCGUUGACCAGGAUGUUGGCCGAACCUGUAUUCUUCAGGGCCCUGCCGCUGUUAAGUUCUCCACCGAGUUUGAUCAGCCUAUUAAGACUAUCCUUGAUGGCAUUCACGAGACUCAUGUUGAGUACCUCACUCGGGACAUGUACAAGGACAACAAGGCUGCCAUUCCUUACACCGAGUACUUCGGUGGUAAGCUGGUGGACCUCGACAUGCCCCUUGAUGUCGAGGGCUUGACCGUGAGCUACGACACCUACAAGAACACCUACCGCCUGUCAUCGUCCGCUGCGGCCACCCUCCCUGAGCUCGACUCUUGGCUGUCUCUGCUUGCUGGCCCCAACCGCAACUGGCGCCACGCCCUGCUCAUGGCCGAUGUUGUUGCCCAGGGCCAGAAGUUCCAGACCAACCCCAUCCGACGCAUCUUCAGUCCUUCCCGCGGCCUGUUCGUCGAGAUCUCUUACCCCAAUGACCCUUCAAAGACUACCAUUGUGGUCCGCGAGCAGCCUCGCCCCAACCAGUACGUCGACGUCAUUGAGGUCAAGCUUGUUGGCGAGAACAAGAUCCAAGUCAACAUGAUCAAAGAGACCACUGCUCUUGGCAAGGCUGUCGCUCUGCCCUUGGAGUUCACCUACCACCCUGAGGCUGGUUACUCUCCCAUCCGUGAGGUCAUGGAGGGACGUAACGACCGCAUUAAGGAGUUCUACUGGAAGGCUUGGUUCGGUGACGAGGCUCUUGCUCUGGAUGCCGAUGUCACUGCCAAGUUCGAUGGUGGCAAGACUACUAUUACUGGCGAGGCCAUCAACGACUUCGUCCAUGCCGUUGGCAACACCGGCGAGGCUUUCGUUGACCGACCUGGCAAGACCGUCUAUGCUCCUAUGGACUUUGCCAUUGUCAUUGGCUGGAAGGCUAUCACUAAGCCUAUCUUCCCUCGCACUAUCGAUGGUGACUUGCUGAAGCUUGUUCACUUGUCCAACCAGUUCCGCAUGAUCCCUGGCGCUGAGCCUCUCAAGAAGGGUGAUGAGGUUUCCACCACUGCUCAGAUCAACGCUGUCAUCAACCAGGAGGCUGGCAAGAUGGUUGAGGUUUGCGGUACACUCGCCCGUGAUGGUCAGCCUGUUAUGGAGGUCACCUCUCAGUUCCUCUACCGUGGUACCUACACCGACUACGAGAACACCUUCCAGCGCAAGGUUGAGACUCCCAUCCAGGUGCACCUUGCCACCACUCGGGACGUCGCCAUCCUUCGCUCCAAGCAGUGGUUCUCCGUCGACGAGCUUCCUCAGAACAUUGAGCUGCUCGGCCAGACUCUGACCUUCCGACUCCAGAGCUUGGUGCGCUACAAGAACAAGACUGUCUUCAGCAGCAUUGAGACCCGGGGCCAGGUCCUGCUUGAGCUCCCCACCAAGGAGAUCAUCCAGGUCGGCAGCGUGGAUUACGAGACCGGAGAGUCCCACGGUAACCCCGUCAUUGAUUACCUUGAGCGAAAUGGUCAGCCUAUUGACCAGCCUAUCAACUUCGAGAACCCUAUCCCUCUCAGCGGCAAGUCUCCUCUGGCACUCCGAGCCCCUGCUUCGAACGAGAAUUACGCCCGUGUGUCUGGUGACUACAACCCCAUCCACGUCUCUCGUGUCUUCUCCAGCUACGCCAACCUUCCCGGCACCAUCACCCACGGUAUGUACUCUAGUGCGUCCGUGCGAAGUCUCGUCGAGACCUGGGCCGCCGAGAACAACAUUGGUCGUGUCCGAAGCUUCCACGCCUCACUCGUCGGCAUGGUUCUGCCCAACGAUGAGCUCGAGGUCAAGCUCCAGCACUCUGGUAUGGUCUCUGGUCGCAAGAUCAUCAAGGUUGAGGUCCGCAACAAGGAGACUGAAGACAAGGUUCUCCAGGCUGAGGCCGAGGUUGAGCAGCCUACCACAGCGUAUGUCUUCACUGGCCAGGGCUCUCAGGAGCAGGGUAUGGGUAUGGAGCUGUACGCCAGCAGCCCCGUUGCCAAGGAGGUUUGGGACCGUGCUGACAAGUACCUCUUGGACGCCUACGGUUUCUCCAUCACCAACAUUGUGAAGAACAACCCCAAGGAGCUCACCAUCCACUUCGGUGGACCUCGUGGUAAGGCUAUCCGCCAGAACUACAUCGCCAUGACCUUCGAGACUGUUGCCGCCGAUGGUAGCAUCAAGUCCGAGAAGAUCUUUAAGGGCAUUGAUGAGACUACUACCUCUUACACCUACCGCUCCCCUACUGGUCUUCUCUCGGCUACUCAGUUCACGCAGCCCGCCCUUACCCUGAUGGAGAAGGCCAGCUUCGAGGACAUGAAGGCCAAGGGACUUGUGCCUAACAACAGCACCUUCGCCGGCCACUCUCUCGGUGAAUACUCUGCCCUGGCCGCCCUUGCAGAGGUCAUGCCUAUUGAGAGUUUGGUGUCUGUCGUGUUCUACCGAGGUCUCACCAUGCAGGUUGCCGUCGAGCGUGAUGCCGCUGGCCGAUCCAACUACUCCAUGUGCGCUGUCAACCCCAGCCGCAUCAGCAAGACGUUCAACGAGGCUGCUCUCCAGUUCGUUGUCGACAACAUUGCUGAGGAGACUGGUUGGCUCCUUGAGAUUGUCAACUACAACAUCGCCAACAUGCAGUACGUGUGUGCUGGUGACCUCCGUGCGCUUGACACUCUUGCUGGUGUGACCAACUUCAUCAAGAUCCAGAAGAUUGAUAUCGAAGAGGUCAAGGACAACAUUGAGGAGGUCAAGGGCCACCUCCGCGAGAUCAUUCGCGGCUGUGCCGAGAAGACACUCGCCAAGCCCACUCCUCUUGAGCUUGAGCGUGGCUUUGCCACCAUCCCUCUCCGCGGUAUCGAUGUGCCUUUCCACUCUACCUUCCUCCGAUCUGGUGUCAAGCCUUUCCGAUCUUUCUUACUCAAGAAGAUCAACAAGACAUCUAUCGAUCCCUCCAAGCUGGUCGGAAAGUACAUUCCCAACGUGACGGCCAAGCCCUUCGCGCUGACCAAGGAGUACUUUGAGGAUGUGUACAAGCUGACCAACUCGCCCAAGAUUGGUGCCGUGCUGGCCAACUGGGACAAGUACAACCAAGAUGAGGGUGCUACCAACGGUGUAGAGGGUAGUGAGAGCUCCAGCGGCGAGUACGAGGGCUCGGGCCGUGCUGCUUAA